CUCAUGCCGCGGUGAUCUUUGAACAGCCUAUAGAGCUUUCUAAUCUCCGCAACUAGGCUACUGAUGGAAUUGCCUGUCCUGAUAGGAAUGCUAAUAUUUAUUUAGUCAACAUCUUAGCACCAACAGAGUCGGAUGUGCAACAUGACCUGUCUUUGAAAUGCUUGAUUUCGGACAAAUUAGGUGAAAUGUAACGGAACUGAAUGGAUAUAGUUGUGGAUCGAUGCACUCUGUUUAUGUUUUCUUUUUAGCUCAUGCGACGCAUCAGAACUUUCUUCAGCGUAAAUCCCGGCACAGAGCUCACCAGAUACAAUGAAUCACUUCAGAUGGUUACUCACCUCGACGCUACUUUUUAUUUCUUCGAAUUCUGAACAAGUGGACGACAAAAAGGGAUCAGGCUUUCUUGAGGACAUUUUGCGGUUUUACGGCGAAAAGGACACAAUAUCGACAGCACACCUUGAAAACUUUCUACUGUUAAUAUCAACGAGAAGACCUGCAUUCAUAGUGGAUGAGGAAAACCCUUUGGUUCAUUCUGAGUGUCUCUCUGCGGGACAGAUAUUGUCCCACUACGGGUUGACUAACGCCAGUCAACUGACUGUUGAGCAUCUGGAGAGGGUCUGUCCUGCUGUGUUGACUCAGGUGCUGCUGCCCUCUUGUCCUUAUAGACCCCCCAGAGUCCCGAAGCUUGUUACCUACCAUGUCUGGGGUUAUGGCUUCCUGUCAGUCACUGUUAUUAAUCUGGCUUCCCUCCUGGGCCUGGCUCUCAUCCCCUUCACCAAGAAGCCCUACUUCCCUAAGGUGCUUACCUACUUCAUUGGCUUGGCAAUCGGAACGCUCUUCUCCAACGCUGUGCUGCAGCUCAUCCCCGAGGCACUGGGUUUUGAUCCCAGAGCAGAUAACUACAUUCUUAAAGCCAUUGGAAUAUUUGGUGGAUUUUACCUCCUGUUCUUCACAGAGAACAUAUUGAAGAUGGCAUUGAAAACAACAUCUGAGCAUGGACACAGCCACUUCUCUCCAGAGCACCAGAGACAGAACUCGCUUCAGAAUGGAGACGUGUCUGAGAAGGAGGUCUCCAUUGUCCUGACUAACAUCAACACCAUUGGCAUAGACAGGACCAACCCAGAUCCUUCAGACUCAGUGACGGAACCACCUCCUCCACCCCCCUCUCAGGAGGUGCACGUCAACACAGUGAUGUGUCAUUGGCUGCGGGGUCCGGGCAUUGCCAAUAUCAAGACGGUGGCCUGGAUGGUCACCCUGAGCGACGCGCUGCAUAACUUCAUCGACGGCCUGGCCAUUGGAGCCUCCUUUACGGUGUCCAUCGUGGCUGGAUUCAGCACCUCCAUAGCCAUCGUCUGUGAGGAGUUCCCCCAUGAGCUGGGGGACUUUGUGAUCCUGCUGAACUCCGGGAUGAGUAUCCCCCAGGCAAUAUUUUUCAACCUGCUGUCUGCCAUGUCCUGCUACAUCGGCCUGGUCUUCGGCAUCCUGCUAGGGAGCAACUUCGCCCCGAACGCCAUAUUCGCCAUUGCUGGUGGCAUGUUUCUGUACAUUUCACUGGCGGACAUGUUUCCAGAGAUGAACGCUGUGAUGAAUGAACAGAACGGGUCGACGUUGACUAAAAUAAUCUUCUUCCUGAUUCAAAAUGCUGGUCUACUCACCGGGUUCGCCGUCAUCCUACUGAUCACCAUGUUCGCUGGAGAUAUCAACCUGGGAUAGAGUGAGAUCACAGGAAAUAACAUAGCAGCCAAAAGUCUGUUUUAGCAUGGGCAACACUCCUGGGGGUUUUCAUCAUCUAGAAGAAUUCAACUGGGUAGAACUUCCUCUGGGUCAAGGAAGGAUCACCCUAUCAAUUAAACUGGUCUGGUACACUUCCUGACUGUAGGUGACAGUCUAUCUGCAAUGUUUGUUUACUAAACAGAAGUAGUAGAAAAUAAAUAUUUAAGAACAAUAAAAAGGAGAAUACUGCCCAUGCUCUUACAGACUCCACAAUGAAGCAUACAGAGGGCAUAUAGACACUAUAAUGAAACAUACAGAUGUCAUACAGACUCCAUGUUGAAACAUACAGAUGUGAUUCAGACUCCAUAAUGAAACAUCUACAGAUGAUACAUACUACAUAAUGAAACACACAGAGAUGAUACAGACUCCAAAAUGAAACAUAUAGAGAUGAUUCAGACUCCAUAAUGAAAUAUACAGAGGUGAUUCAGACUCCACAAUGAGACAUAUAGAUGUGAUUCAGACUCCAUAAUGAAACAUACAGAGGUGAUUCAGACUCCAUAAUGAAACAUACAGAGUUAAUACAGACUCUAUAAUGAAACAUACAGAGUUAAUACAGACUCUAUAAUGAAACAUACAGAGGUGCUACAGACUCCAUAAUGAAACAUACCGAGGUGAUACAGACUCCAUAAUGAAGCAUACAGAGGUCAUACAGACACCAUUAUGAAACAUAUAGAGGUCAUACAGACUCCAUAAUGAAACAUACAGAGGUGAUUCAGACUCCAUAAUGGAACAUACAGAUGUGAUUCAGACUCCAUAAUAAAACAUACAUAGGUGAUACAGACACCAUAAUGAGGUAUAAAGAGCUGUAACAGCUUCUAUAAUGAAUCAUACAAAGAUGUUAUGUCUAUUCAAAUCUAAACUACAUAAAUAUCAGAUGAAAUGGGGGCCCUGUUCUGAAGCAUCAGAUUUUAGCCUCACCAUAUUUUACUAACAUUCUGCAGAAUUCUACUCAUUCCUAUGCAGGGCUGCUCCUGAGGAGUACCAAUAUGGUGGACUGUGGCUUAAGAGCCUGUGAUGGGCCAAAACAUAUCUUUAGCUAUAUAGCCUGAAAACAAAGCUGCUUUUAUUUCGUUCCAGUUCAAUCCUGCGUCGAGUUGGGCAGUCAAUGUGAAAGUCUUGUUUUACACACAAACACUAUUUGUUUACUAGCAAAGGGAAUAAUUGUCCUUUGUUUGUUGGUUUGUAUGUUUUCAUAGUAAUUUGCCAUUAAAUAAGAGGGAACAAUCGUGUAGCUAUUGUAAAUGUAAUAAAGAAACAAUAUAUGCAAUCAUA